CAAACACAAAUACAAGUAGACUCAUCUGAUAUGAUUCAAAGUGAUACUGAAGACGAAGUAGUAAAUCUACUCGAAGUUCUGACUGAUUGUAAGACCCAUUGGAAUUCGACUUACUUGGCGUGGAAAAGAAUUUUAUCAUUACACCUGGCUAUACUUAUACUCGUGACUACAUUACGAAAUAAAUCUGAUGCUGUUUCUAAAUGA